CUCAGUGCGCACGUCUUGUAAGCAGCCGCUCGACGCUCGUAAGGCGCCAGGUCUGGGGCCCUCGACAGACGCUAUGAUGGCUGUGGACUGCUGGACGUUAUGGGUGUCACUGGUGCUGGGGGCCACGGCAGUGUUCAUCCUCUGGUGGCGCCGGUACGUCGGUGUCUUCGCCCAUCGCAGAGUUCCAUACGUGACGCCUCUGCCAGUAGUGGGCAACAUGCUGGACGUGGUGUUCUGCAGGAAGUCCAUGCCUGACAUUCUCAAUGACCUCUAUCAGAAGUUGGACCCACACCCCUAUGCAGGUCUCUUCUCGUUUACGAUCCCUGUCCUACUGAUUAGAGAUCCCGAAUUGAUACGCGCCAUCACGGUCAAGGAUUUUGACCACUUUACUGACCAUAUGAAUUUCGUCAAUGCAGAAAACAGCAAUCCACUCUCACAGAAGAUGCUUGUCGCAUUGAAAGGAAAAGAGUGGCAUGACAUGAGAACCACGCUGAGCCCUGCUUUUACUACGAUGAAAAUUAAGAAUAUGUUCAUGCUGAUAACAGACAUUGGACAACAAGUUGUUGCUUACUUAGAGAAACAAACACAUGAUUUUGAUGUUUCCGCUGGAAAUGAGAACUUGCUCGUACUGGAGAUGAAAGACUUCUUCACACGCAUCACCAAUGACGUCAUCGCAACGACAGCGUUCGGUAUCAAAGUAGACUCGCUGUCGGAGCCGGACAACUUGUUCUACCGGAUGGGUCGCGACCUCACCACCGUCAAAGUGGUCGUCGGCAUCGGAUACACGCUGUUCCCGAAACUCAUGGAGCUGCUAGGAAUACCAUUCAUGGACCGGAGUGCAACAGAGUUCUUCAGAUCCACGGUGAUCGAAACCAUCGAGACUCGUGAAAAGCAAGGGAUCGUUCGUCCCGACGUCAUCCAUUUGCUCAUGCAGGCACGUCGUGGCGAACUGCGCUCAGAAGAGGCGGGCAAGGACGGAAUCACCGAAGGCAAAGGAAAACGUCUGACCAACGACGAUAUUGCGGCACAGGCAAUACUGUUCUUCUUUGGCGGUUUCGAUACGGUGUCGACGUUGAUGACUUUCUGCAGCUACUUGCUGGCGACUCACGGGGACGUCCAGAGGAGAUUGCAGCAGGAGGUGGAUGACGUCAUGAAGAAGAAUCGCGGCCAACCCGACUACGAACAGGUCAUGGCCUGCCAGUACCUCGACAUGGUCAUCUCCGAAACGCUACGGAUGUACAGUCCCGGUUCGACGCUAGACCGGGUGUGCGUGCGCCCCUACCGGCUGCCGGACACGGAGGCCUGCCGAGGCGUCCAGGUGAGGGCAGGCGAGAUCGUCGGCAUUCCCGUGCACUGCAUCCACCACGACGCCAGGUACCAUCCUCACCCAGAAACCUUCGACCCGGAACGCUUCAGUCCAGAGAACAAGCACCGCAUCAAGCCCUUUACAUUCCUGCCCUUCGGAUCAGGACCUCGUGUAUGUAUCGCCCAGAGGUUCGCGCUGAUGGAGACCAAGGUGGUGCUGCUGUACCUGGUGUCCAGGUUCAGCUUCCACGUGGUCGCCAAGACGCCGGUGCCUCUGCAGAUCCAGCCAAACAAUCUUACACUCUCUAUCAAGGGUGGCGCGUGGGUCGGCAUUCGGCGAAGAUCUUAAGGAAAAAGCUCCUACACUUCAUCAUACAGAAGAGUGAGAGGAAAGGAAAUCUGAUAUUUCAUUAAAUUUUAGUGGCAGUCCCAUCAUAUCUCAUGUUCCGUAUACAUUAUGUACGACGGAAUGCACCGUACGAGCAUUACCGUGUACGUCGAGUGCCGACUGUGUGCUGCGUAACGGUACACUCUCUCGUAAAACUGAAAUAAAUUGUGAUAAUGUCACCCAACUUUAUAAAAAUAAACAGGGGAUGCUUCACAAGGAGACAGUAACCCAAAUUGUACAUGAGCAUUAACUUCACAAACACGUUACUUUAGCGUAACAGGUUUC